AUGUCCCUCUCCUCAACCACAACCCCGGACCCGCCGCGCAGCGCACCCGCCUUCAUCCCACUCGAGGCGAACCCGCCCGUCCUAACCGACCUGGCGCACAAGCUGGGGCUAUCGCAGGCGCUCCAAAUGCACGACGUGUGGUCGACGGAACCGGAGCUGAUCGCGACGAUGCAGAUCCCGCGGCCCGCGCUCGCGCUGCUGGUAGUCUUCCCGCUGACGGCGCCAUACGAGUCGGAGCGGCUGGCCGAGGACGCGGGCGCCGAAGAGUAUAGUGGCGUUGGCGACGACGAGCCCGUGCUGUGGUGGAAGCAGACGAUACGCAACGCGUGCGGCAUGAUGGGCCUGCUGCACGCCGUGGCGAAUGGGUCGGCGAGGGAGUACAUUGAACCCAACUCAACUUUCGACAAACUAAUAAAAACCUCCCUCCCCCUCCCCCCGCACGCCCGCUCCGCGCUCCUAGAGCAGACCCCCGAGCUAGCAUGCGCGCACCAGGAGGCCGCGAGCGGCACUUCGAAUUCAACAACCGCGCCCGACGCGCAGGACGACGUCGACCUGCACUACGUGUGCUUCGUCAAGACCGAGAAGGACGGCGGCACGCUGUGGGCCCUCGACGGCCGCCGCAAGGGCCCCGUCGCCCUAGGCAAGCUCGACGCCGGCGAGGACGUGCUCAGCGACAAGGCCCUUCUCUUGGGGCCGGUCAAGAUCCUGCAGCACGCCGGCAAUGACCUUCGCGCCUCGUGCGUCGCGCUCGCGGGUGCCAAUUGA